CGAAUUUCGUAAUAGUAUAGAAAAUAAUAUUUAUAUUUGUUUUACAUGUUUUGAUACAUUUUUUUUACUCGCAUUUGUUUUGUUACCGUUUUUCAUUUAUUUAUCUUGAGAUUUGAGCCUAUGGCAUCUUAUCUAUUGGACGAACGAGAUCUGGAAAUUUGAGUGCAGAUUAAAAGAAUGAUGUAGUUACCUGGUAUUAAGUAUCAUGCAGUUCUACAUAUAAUUUAAUUAAAUGACUUUCUUUGUAAUUUUGAGUUAAGAAUGGAACUUAAAGUGAAAGAGAAGGAAACGAGUUCACGACUAUUAUACAACAGUAAUGAGUUAUGAAAGGUGUGAAAAAGUACUUUACCAGAUAUGUCUCGAUUUACAAAGUUAUUCCAUUCUACUAAAUGUGCAGUUAUAGGAAUGAUUCACGUAAGGGCAUUACCAGGUUCACCUAAGUCAGAGCUAUCAGUACCUCAACUUGUGGAUUAUGCUUGUGAAGAAGCUUCUAUAUAUCAAAAGUGUAAUGUGGAUGGUAUCAUUAUUGAAAAUAUGUUUGAUGUGCCUUAUGUUAUGGGUGAUCAAGUGGGGCCAGAAGUCACAGCUGUCAUGACACGUGUGGGCACUGAGGUAAAAAAGAUUCUAGGGAAAAUGCCUUGUGGUGUUCAAGUAUUAUCUGGCAAUAAUUUCAGUGCAACUGCAGUGGCUUUAGCAGCAGGUCUACAAUUUGUUCGUGCUGAAAGUUUUGUCUUUGCUCAUGUAGCAGAUGAAGGAUUGAUGCAAGCUUGUGCUGGACCACUUCUACGUUAUGCAAAGAAUAUUGGAGCUUCAAAUCUUUUGUAUUUUACUGACAUUAAGAAAAAACACAGCUCUCAUGCAAUCACUUCUGAUAUCAGCUUAGCUCAGAUGGCAAAAGAUGCAGCCUUCUUUUUAAGUGAUGGAGUUAUUAUAACAGGAACAGAAACUGGUGUACCUCCUACUAUUCAAGAUUUUAAAGAUGUCAAAAGGACUUCUGACUUACCUGUUUUUAUUGGAUCUGGUGUAACUCUUUCAAAUUUAAAGCAUUAUAUUGAUGCUGAUGCAAUUAUAGUAGGCUCCCAUUUUAAAGCUGGUGGUCACUGGAGAAAUGAGCUUGAUAUUGAUAAGAUUUUAAUGUUUGUAGAUGAAGUGCAAAAAUUUAGAUGAUUUUUUUUCAGAAGUUAGAUUUUUAAAAUGUAUUCUUCAACCCUACUUUUAAAUGUAUUUUUUUAUAUUAAAUAUAUUUAAAAGUGGAACUGUAAUUUUACAGUCCUAUUUAGCCAUUCAAUGUGUUUUUUAUAAUUGUUAUCAUUAAAAAUUAUUUUUAUUUUAAAGUUAUUCAAAUGUUUUUCUUUUCAUAACCGCAAUAUUCUUUAAUGAUAAUGAAUGGAAUUUAACUCCAAUAAUGAUGAUGAUAAUAAUAAUAAAGAAAGCCUAAAUAUCUAUAAAUAAAUUUUUUCUCCAAAUAAAAGAAAUAUUGCAAAGUUUUUGAUUAUAUUGAUAAUUAUAGGACCAUUUAUCAAAUCACUAAGUGAACUAUAAUAAUUAGACAAAUUAUUACUUUUAUACAUCUAUUCAUUUUCUAUUCCAACCACACAAUUCUAUUAUUAAUAGAGUUUUGUAGCAUAUUAUGUAGAAUUGUAAAGAGGAAUGCAUAAUGAUCAAAAUUAUUAUAAUUGUAUAUUGAAAAAAAAUAUGUGUGUGUGUUACAGGUUUUGAUUUCUUAUAUUCAAUUUAGAGUUUUUAAGACCCUCAAUCAUAAUUAAUUAUAAUUAAUCACUACUUUUAAACUUCAGGAGAAACAUAAUUUUUAGUCUCAGCAUAUAUAUGCAAAAUUACUAGGAAUUUCCAUUCUAGAAUAUGUAACAUAUAAUUUGCUUUUGGAUAAAAGUGGAAUUUCCAGACUGGCAGAUAAUCAGAAUUCUUUAACUUGUGUGAUAUCUUUUAACUUUUUAAAAAACAUUUUUAUGAAAACAAAUCGAAUUGGAAGCACUGGAAAUUGGAUGGUGUAUUACUUGAGAAAAAAAUAUUGAAAAGAAAAUGAAAGCUUUAUUUUACUAUUAUUUAACUCUUUGAAUAAUUGUAAAAAUUCCAUUCUGCAUCUCCUUACAUACUCUCGUUUUAUUACGAAAAUUUUAGGAUAUUAAUUCCUGAGUAGCAUUAUUAACAAAUUAAUUUUGAAAUUCAAUAUAUGGUUCCAAAAGGAUCAAAAAGUCUUUAGAAUAAUUAAUAUUUUCUUAUUCAUCCAUCAUAAAUAUGAUAGAUUUAAAUGUAGAAGAAUUUCCUGUUCCCUUUUUAAGAAUAAUUUAUUUUUUUAAUUAAAAUUUUAAUUCUUGGGAGUUGCUAGAAUAAAGGUAUUUCUAAGACUUUCAAUGUUUUGUUUUCUUCCCUUGCCAUAUAUUUUAAGUUUACAUGAUUAAUGGACUAUUCUAUGAAUUAGUAGACAUAUUUUGCUGUAAACAUUUUUAUUAUUUGAAACGUAUUGGUAAUUUAAUCAUGAAUUUACAAAAUCACUAAUGAUCUUUAUAUUUCUUUGAAAUCCGUGAGAAGACAUUUCAUAUAAAUUCUGUUACAGAAGGUACUGUAAAAAAAAAAUCAGAUGAAAAUGAAAUUAAAUGUGAUGCUGUUUUUUGUUUAUUUAUUUAUUUUUUACCUGGGCAUUCUUUUAUCACUCAAGCCAAGCAGUCAUUUUACAAUUUCUAAAAAAAAAUGAAUUAAAAAAAUCACUAAGUAUUCAGCUUUUUCUUCUUAUUACGAAAGUUCUGAGGCUUUCAAGCAUCCAUUUAAAUUCAUCUGCCAUUGUUAUCCUUGAAAUAACAAGUAACAUUUGACAAAAUUCACUUGAUAAUAAGGAGAUAAAAAAAAAAAAAAAAACCCUUUUCUGUAAUUUUGCCAUCAUUUCAGAAAUUCCACAUGGUUCAAAAGCAUUUAUUUUUUUGGAAUCAUACAUUCAUUAAAAACUAUAAAAUUGCAAAUUUGUAUGGCAGUUGAUCACCUUUGCUUAUAUUGCAUGCAAAAUUCUCAGUUUCAACUGAAAUCAAAGGAAACUGUAAUGCUUUAUGUUUGGCAAAAAUUAGAUAAUGUGCAA